AUGCGCAAAAGCCUCCUUUGGUCCCAGGACCACAUUUCCGGGAAAGGUGGGUACGUACAGUACUCGUCUAGUGCGCGCAGGGCAGUUACCAUGGAAACGAGCAAACAGAAAAGGAGAACGCGACGUGAGAGUGAGCGUCUUCCUAUUCGUCACUUCCGUUCCCCUGCCUUCCCCUCUAGCCCGCGGCGCGGUAGUCCAUGGUCGGCCCUCCUCUACGUCGGCCGUACUCGUAGUCGCCUAGGCUCAACGAUCCUCAGCCACCACCGCCGCCGGAGUCCGAGCCCGGCGUCCAGAGCCGGGGAAUUGGUGACAUUCAAAGAUGUGGCUGUGGACUUCUCCUGGGAGGAAUGGGAGUCCUUGGCCCCUUCUCAGAAGGAGCUCUACCGAGAAGUGAUGCUGGAGAACUACUGGAACCUGGUCUGCCUGGGACUUGAAGAUUCAAAACCAGAUGUGAUUGAGCAGCUGGAACAACAAGAAGGCGCUGUCCUAGCAAGCACCUGUCCAGGACUUACUGAACAUCAGAGAAUUCAUACUGGAGAAAAACCUUAUGAAUGUAACGAAUGUGGGAAGACUUUCAGUCAUAGGUCAUCCCUUACUUCCCAUUAUAGGAUUCAUAGUGGGGAAAAAACUUAUGGAUGUAAUCAAUGUGGUAAGGCCUUCUACUGGACCUCAGAACUUACUAAACAUCAGAGAAUACAUACUGGAGAAAAACCUUUUGAAUGUAAUGAAUGUGGUAAAGCCUUUCACCAGAGCAUACACCUUAUUCAACAUCAAAGAACUCAUACUGGAGAGAAACCUUAUAAAUGUAAUGAAUGUGGGAAGGCCUUUGGCCGAAUCGCACUCCUUACUGAGCAUAAGAGAAUUCACACGGGGGAGAAACCUUAUGAAUGUAGUGAAUGUGGAAUGGCUUUCCGGUGGAAUUCAGGACUAACUGAACAUCAAAGAAUUCAUAGUGGAGAGAAACCUUAUGAAUGUACUGAAUGUGGGAAGACUUUCAGUCGUAGUUUGCAUCUUUCUCAACAUCAGGGAAUUCAUACUGGCGAAAAGCCUUUUGAAUGCAAUGAAUGUGGGAAGGCUUUCAAUCGAAGCAUACAUUUUACUCAGCAUCAAAGAAUUCAUACUGGAGAAAAACCUUAUGAAUGUAAUGAAUGUGGAAAAGCCUUCUGCCAGAGCUCAGGACUUACUAGGCAUCAGAAAAUUCAUAUUAGAGACAAACACUAGACAUUAGACAGGCAUUAGAUUUCUCAAUGAGUGAAUGUAAGAAGGCUUUUUGCCAGAGCAAAAAGCUUCCUGAACAUCAGAGAACUAAUUAUUAAUUAGAGAAGGCUUAGAAAUGAAAUUUAUUUGGACAGCUUCAACGUAAGCUAGCCCUCCCAUUAUGGGAUUCAUAUUGGAGAAAAAACUCAUGAGUAACAAAAGUGGCAAGGUUUUCCAUAGGAACACAGAUUUAGUUUACAUUGUAGAAUUACUAGGAGAGAGAAUUAAUGAGUGUGAGAAAAUCUUCCAUA